UUCCCAUGGGAUCCGCGCGCAGGAGAGCGGCUUCCUGUGUCAGGCGCAAAGGUCCUCUCCUGGGACCGGCCCUCACGGUCCCUCGGGCGCCACGGGUCCCUUGCUUCUUGCUGUCACUGCUGCACCUGUGGCUGUUCUCGUCGGCAAGGACACUUGAGAUGAUCGAGCAACCACCUCAACUCACCUGCAGCGAGGGUUUGACUGACUGCCAUGUGAGCUCAGCCUAUUUGGAUGAUGCUGUGCCGCUGGAUCCGGAGGAUACGGUGGAUGUUGGACGUGUGGAGCUGAAAGUGUAUCUGUGCUGCUCAGACAGACAAGAUUGUGAACUAUGCCUACAAAUAAACAUCACAGUGCGAGAAGUUGAUAAUGAGCCAGAAAUGUCUGAGGAGUCUGGUAAUCAUGGCGAUGAGGAUGACCUCUCCAAUAAGAAACAACUGGUAGACGGCAGCGGUCUGAAUGUGCUACCCGAAUCAGGUAUAAUCAGAGCCGUGGUCAAAGUGUGUCACAGCUCCCCAGGUGCCGUUGAAUAUUGCAGAACUCUGUGGUUUAGACCGAGAUACUCUGUGCAGGAGCAACAUCCCAUUCCUGAGAUGAGGCUGGUGUUGACAGAGAAAGCGCAUUUCGGCAGUCCUGUUAAAGUCCACGUCUACGCACAUACCCAGACAACCCAUGACAUUACAAUCCCAUCUUUACAAGAAGUUUGCUCCCUAAACCUAGACGAUAGCAUAAAGGAGUGUGAUGCUCCCAGACUUCGAGCUGUGACUGAUCAUGAGAAAGGCAUAGUCCAUGUUCAGCUGGACAGCACUAAAACCAGCCAAGAGGUGCUCAUGUGCCAGCUGGUUUGGAAUGAGAUGCCUGGAAAAGUUCUCCAAUGGCGAAGGGGUCAGAGAGAGAUGAUAUUUUCAUUAAAUUCUGUUGCACCAUGCAUGUGCUUCCAGGUAUGGUGGGCAGGAAAGGCGCUUCGCAGAGAAUCCUGUCCCUUUAAAAACCAACAAGAAAUUCUUGAAAGAAUGCAGCACAAUGUGUCUGUGUCUAUGGAGGAGGUUCAGAUGAGGGAGGGCGACAUGGCGCUCAGCUGGACUGUGAAUGCCCCCUGCAGGCUGGAGGCAGAAGUGUGGCUGUGCAAGAAAGACUCUGCAAGAGGCCACUGUGAGGAGGUGACGGGCUCCAGACAGAGGAUGCACAACUAUGCACAUGCUGGCUGGAGAACCACAGGCAAUGGCCACUGGAAAAAGGGAGAGUUUGUCAAUGUGUCAUCACACCCUUCAAUUUGUGUUCAGAUAAAGGUUCAUGGAACAACUUCAUACCUGGAGCCCCAUUGUCCAUUUGCAACACCUCGAUGGAGAUGGAGCCUGCCACUCCUUAUCGGCUUACUAUUAUUCUGUCUGGCCAUUCUAGCUGCCUAUUUUGUACAGGGGGUCAUGAAAGGCUACAUGUGGAGAUGGCUGAAGGAAGAUGAUAUAAAAGGAGCCGUGGGCGGUGGACACGUGGUGUUGCUGUGCCCACCAGAUGGAGACGAGGCUCUGCCCGGACUGCUGUGUCGCCUUGGCUCGUCCCUCCAGGCUCUGGGUUUCAGCGUGUCACUGGACCUGUGGAGCAAGGCUGAGCUCAGCAUGCUGGGCCCCGUGCCCUGGCUCCACUCACGGCUGGACCGGCUGCAAAGGCACGGGGGCAAAGUGGUCUUAGUCCUAACCCAAGCCGCCUGGGCAAAGGCUGAGGAGUGGGGCACAAAAAGAGACAUGUCCAGGGAGAGGAGCAGGAACGUGGAGGGGAAAGAGGAGCCGGAUAAAAACCUCAGUGCCUCUGCUACCUCUGUAGAUGUUUUUAGCGCUUCACUGAGCUGCAUCCUGGCAGACUACUUACAGGGCCGUGCUGGGGAACGUUUUGUCUUGGUGCAAUUUGAAUCUCUGCCACCUGAGCCUCCAGGCUGCUGCCGCCCAAUGCCAGAGCUUUUCCGCGGCCUUCAUCUAUUCAGUCUGCCUUCACAGAGUCUGGGUUUUCUGACUGAACUGGCUGCAAGACGGCAGACCACCACUGCUUCAGCGAGACGAAAGAGGGCAGGGGGGCUCAGGGUGGCGUCCCGAGCACUAGCACGAGGUCUGUCAGGAUUUACAACAGGAUCUACUGUGUUACACCUUGCAGGGAUAUCCCAGGACUGUGUUGGGGCAGGAGAAGAGGACUCAUGGGAAACGGUGCCCUUGCAGCCAUGUCUUACCACGCCACCCUCCAGCCCUGAUGCCUGCCCCAAAGUCAGUGGAGUGGAGUGGGUCUAAGCAAGAGAGCAUGAAAGGAUGACCAAGUUGCACCUUUGGCAUUCUGAGAUGGGCAGCUAAUACCUAAUGACUUGAAAGAAAUGAACACUCUCUUACAGUUUCACAGGUUUUACUACUGUCUAUUAUUCAUUGAUAUACACAAAAGCGAUUCACUCUGAAUCCAGUUCGUGCAGGCUUUUACAUUGUUUACAUUGUUUUACACUGUUCUAGCACACAGUGUCAGGAAGGUCUUUACUGUGAUAUGAAGCAGAAGCACAUGCACCUCGGUGAAAAACUCUAUUCAGGCACAUUGGAGAAAUAUUGACAUACAUUCUAUGUUACAUUUUUGUUAUUUUGUGUCAUAGAAUAAGAAAAAUAAUCCCACACGCUGAAUCUUGCAGGACAUGCACUUUAAAAAAAAUCCAUGACACUUUGGCACAAACAACCUUCAUCAGAGGUUGUUCAAAUUCCAUUGUGACACCCCAAAGUUACCGAAAAUGCCCCUCCCUGAUAAACCCCAUUAAUUGGUAAAGGGAGGGAGAGUCUCACAAAGGCAUUGUCAAACAUUAUCUGUACAAACAAUAAAUAGAAAAACACUAUUAUUUGCACAAAACACGUGUAGGAAUGCACAUAUGUUUUGUGCUGUUUACAUCAUAUCUACAAUAUUGUGUUGGGAGACUAACUCUUUUUCUCAGCUUUUCCAUAAACCUUUGUGUGUAUGGUUGACAUAUUUGCUUUGGUGUUGACAUUUUGCAGAUAUACAUAUGUUACUAAUGGAAGCACUUAGAAGCAACAGAAAAAAUCCUUUUUCUGCAGAUGAUUAUAUUAAAUAAGUGUUGGGACAUGGUGCUUCCUUUUAUACAGUG